CGGGCCAACACGAAGCAAAGGCAGGGGGGUUCGGUCUGUCUUCCGUCGCUGUCAGACACCUUGAAACGAUCAUUUUCGCUUUCCAGACCUCCGGGUCAGCAUCAACAGCUCGUCCGUUAAAAUUCCCUUUACUAUGUCUGCUCGCUCCGAAUGAGACGUUUAAGACCGGCAGACAAACGGGCGCCAGGCUGGCGGUUAAGUGAGGAGUACCGCAGCCUUGCGUCAAAGCCAGCUAAAGCUAAACCGUGUUAGGACAAGUCAGCAAGAAAGACGGGUAACAGCCACGUUACCUCGGUAGCUAGCCAGCCAGCCAGCCAGCGGACAGGUUAUUUUUGGCACGGUUGCUGGCGUGCACAUGCUUCGCUUCAGUCGUGUGAGCUAGCCCAACAUCUGUCCGAAAUCUGUCGGCGUUGGCGGUUUCAUUAGAAAUAGAGUUAACAUUGACACGGUAUCUGGACUUGGCAUUUCCACUAAAUAGCUACAUGAAGAAACCACACAUUUUCAAGCCAAAGUAAAGCUAGAAAUUGUCGGUUAAUUGCGUAACAUCUUGUUGAAUUGAAGAGGGGCCCCAAUAGCUAACAUAUGAGGCCCAGCUGAAAAGAUGGACCUGAAUUUUUAUUCGGAUUUAACGGAUGGUACCGGGCAGCACGACGGUGAUCCGGAGUUCUUGGAUCCACAGUCUUUCAAUGGAUUUGACUCUGACAACAAGUUCCCUGGAGGCAGUGACAACUACCUGACAAUUUCAGGGUCCGGUCAUCCCUUCCUCUCCUCUUCAGAGUGUGCCACUAAACCCAUUGACCUCUUCAACCUCGCUGGAUCUGCUGGUGGAACCUUCCACACUCCCAGCCUUGGCGAUGAGGAGUUUGAGAUCCCUCCCAUCUCUUUGGACCCAGACUCGACCCUCACAGUGUCAGAUGUGGUGUCCCAUUUCGGGGAACUGUCGGACACUGGUCCCUCCGACAGCGUGGUGGUACCCGGGAGCGCCGUGGUCGAAGGGGACGACCCCUCUUUUGCCUCCACUUUUGUGAACGCCCCCUCACAGGGACUGGAGCACCUCAGUCUGGGGGUCAUGAACCAGUCAGGAGGAAGUACUCUGCUGGGGUCGUCACUGGGAAUGGAUCUCGGCCAUCCCAUCGGUUCCCAGUUCAGCAGCUCGUCUCCAGUAACAAUCGAUGUCCCGCUGGGCGAUAUGAGCCAGGGCUUGCUGGGGUCCAACCAGCUGACCACUAUCGACCAGUCAGAGCUCAGUGCUCAGCUAGGGCUCGGAUUGGGGGGUGGCAACAUAUUACAACGGCCCCAGUCACCUGAACACCCUCUGUCGGCCACGGCGUCGCCCACCAGCUCGCUCCAGGACGAUGACAUGGAUGAUUUUAGAAGGAGUGUCCUGGUUGAAUCUCCGGUCUCUCUGGCCGUCUCUCCCGGAGUCAUCUCCCUCGAUCCCUCUCUGUCUGAGUCCCCGCUCUCUGCCCCGACCUCCAGCGUCUCUCCAGCUGUUGGACGGAAAGGAGGAGCAGGAGGAGGGAAGAAGGGGAAGAAGAAGAAAGACCCCAACGAGCCUCAGAAACCUGUGUCGGCCUACGCGUUGUUCUUCAGGGACACACAGGCAGCUAUUAAGGGACAAAAUCCCAACGCUACGUUUGGAGAAGUUUCUAAGAUAGUGGCCUCCAUGUGGGACAGUCUGGGGGAAGAGCAGAAACAGGUUUACAAGAGGAAAAAUGAAGCGGCAAAGAAGGAUUACUUGAAGGCACUGGCAGAGUACAGAGCCAGCCAGAUUUCUCAGGCUCCCAUUGAAGUCAUGGACACUUCCCCGUCGCCUCCACCUCCAGCCCCAGCUCCUGCGGUCACAGCCACGCCUGCCCCUUCCACCCAGGCCACUCGCGCCACCAGGUCCCAGCAUUACAAUCCAGAGGAGAACACCAUCACCAACAUCUGUACCUCCAACAUCAUCCUGGACCUGCCCCAGGUCACCACGCGCUCCCGCACCGGCGCCAUCAAACCCCAACCUCCACCUGCCACCACCGCCCCGAACCCCCCCACCGUCACAAAGAUCAUCAUCAAACAGACGCAGCUGCCCUCAGGCGGUGUAUCAGUCACGGCGACGCCGGCCUCUUCGUCGCGGCAGCCGCCUCCGCUGCAGCAGAUGCAGAGCACCCCUCCGCCACCUCGGCUGCAGCAGAUGGUACACGCCCAGGCUCCUCCGCCUCUGCAGGCCAAACCACGAGGCGGAGGCGCAGCUGCCGCCACGGCUCCUCCUCCACUGCAGAUUAAGGUUGUCCCGUCAUCGCGCCAGUCGGAUUCAAGUACGCCGAUAAUUGUGACGUCAUCCGGUGAGACGCCUACGUCAGGGUCCUCUUCCUCUGCUCUGACGGUGGAGGUGGGACAGUCGGCUGCUGUGGUGACGGGCGGAGAGGAAGUGGCGGAGGCAGAAGAAGGGAUGGAGGUGGAGGUGACUGUCGCCCCCGGCCCGAGCGUGACCCCCGCCUCCAGUCCAAACAUUUGUGUGCGUGCCGGCUGCACCAACCCCGCCGUGGAGAGCAAAGACUGGGACAAGGAGUACUGUAGCAACGAGUGUGUCGCCACGCACUGCAGAGACGUGUUCAUGGCCUGGUGUGCGAUCCGAGGGCAGAACUCCACCACCGUCACAUAGGGAAGGGACACGUCUGACAGGAGGAGUGCUACACGGAGAGAAAAGGACAAAGAUAACACAUGAAAUGCAAAUGAAGAGAGGAAGGAAUGAAUGAAUGAAUGGAUGGAUGGAUAAUAGCCAGACUGGGCUCAGGUAUCGGCACAUACUGGUUUGUUUCAUGUCUUGUCAGAUGGGCAGACAGUCAAAAGGAGAGUAUUUAAAAGCGCUAUAAUGUACUUUCCCGUGGCUCUCUCAUCCUGCACAGGGAAAAAAAAUUAUUUGCAAAUACUGCAGUGAGAAUGACAGCUCAUAACAACAUGAAUGGAUUAAUAAUAAUUAUAAUAACACGGAAGAAAUCAGAGGAAGAAACUAAAGACUUGGUUCAGCUGCUCCAGACUUUCCUGUUGAUCAUUGUGAAUAUAAAAAAUGGACUUGAUAAAAAAAAAAAAA